CAAGAUAUCAUUUUCGGAAUUUUUUACCAAAAUAAAAAUCUUACACAUUGAUUGGCCAUUAUAAACCCACGCUCUGUUCCUUUUUCUCCACGAUUUUCAUACCCAACUCCUCUUGAGAUUCUCACUCACACACAGUGAAAUAUCAUCUCAUCUCACAUCUCAUCUCAAGAAACCAAACAAAAGCCAUAAGGCCAAUAACAUAUAAUGAUCAGGAAAAUAUAAAGGGUCCUUUUGGGGAUUAUAUGUGUGAAACCAUUGAAAAAGCAUGCGCCUUUGCGUAUCAGCAAUAAUUUCUUGAGCUAAUUCUUAGAGUGGCUCUGUUUUCAGAAAAAAAAAUCAAGAAAUUUCAUGAGGCAGCCGCUGCUGAUGUCAGAACUCGAAGAUCCCCCUCCGAAGUCCCUCCGAGAAAAAUGCAGUGCCCUAUUAGCCUCUGCUCGAGCCGCGCUCCAAGCCAAGCCCAUUUCCCACUGGAUUCUCCUAACACUUAGCAGCUUGGGAAUACUAGUUGCUUUCCCUGCCUCAUCUCUCUUAUCCCGCGUUUACUUCUCGAACGGCGGCAAAAGCAAGUGGAUAAUCUCGUGGGUUGCCGUGGCCGCGUGGCCCAUCCCGGCCCUCGCCUUAAUCCCUACCUACAUUCUCCUCAAAGUCUCCCCGACUCGUCCAACCCUAAAGCUCGUAAUUUCCUAUAUUGCCCUUGGCUUCCUUUCGGCUGCCGAUAACCUCAUGUACGCUUAUGGCUACGCUUACUUACCUGCCUCGACAGCUUCCUUACUCGGCUCUACUUCCCUGAUUUUCUCGGCGUUUUUCGGGUACCUUCUCGUCGGGAACAAAAUCACCGCCUCGGUUAUAAACGCCGUCAUCCUAAUCACGGCCGCCAUGGCCAUAAUCGCCCUCGACUCCGAUUCCGAGACGUACGGCGGCGUGACCCAAGCUCAGUACGCGAUGGGUUUCGUGUGGAAUGUGGCGGGCUCGGCUCUGCAUGGCCUCAUAUUCGCGCUCUCGGAGCUCGUUUUCGUCAAGCUUCUCGGGCGGAGAUCAUUCCACGUCGUGCUCGAGCAGCAGGCGGCAGUCUCGUUUUUCGGGUUCGUUUUCACGUCGGUUGGGGUGGCGGCGAACGACGAUUUCUCCGGGAUGGUUCGAGAGGCGAGGGUUUUUAGAGGCGGGAAAGGGUCGUAUGUGUCAGUUCUGGCGUGGGGCGCGUUGAGUUUUCAAUUGGGGGUUUUGGGCGGGACGGGCGUGCUUUUCCUGGCGUCGACUGUGCUGGCGGGAGUGUUGAAUUCGAUUCGCGUGCCGCUCACGAGCUUUGCGGCCGUGGCCAUAUUGAAGGACCCGAUGAGCGGUUUCAAGAUAUUAUCGUUGGUGAUCACGUUUUGGGGGUUCAGUUCGUAUGUGUAUGGUAAUUAUCCGAAGGGCAAUAAGACUUCGUCGUGAUUGAUGAGCGGUUUCAACUUUCAAGAUAUUG